GUUCACCUUUGUACAACGGAGAGCCCUUUGCCCUGCUCCUCUUCACCAUGGUGACCAAGUUCUGCAGCAUGAACGCCCCACACUUCCCCAUGAAGAAAGUACUACUGCUGCUCUGGAAGACAAUACUGUUCACCUUGGGGGGUUUCGAGGAGCUCCAGGGGAUGAAGGUGAGGGGCCGGGAGCGUCUGAACCUGGCCCCGCUGCCGGAGGACAGCAUCAAGGUGGUGAGGGCCAUGAGAGCUGCCUCCCCCCCCGCCUCUGCCAUGGAGCUCAUCGAACAACAGCAGCAGCAGAAGAGAGGCCGUCGCAGCCGCAGG